UCGGCCCGGCUGCCAGCGGCUGCGCACGCCUCUCCCCUUCCUCCUCCUCCUCCUCCUCCUCCUCCACCACCUCCUCCUGUCGGCCGCUGCCCCUGGCAGGGAUGGAGGCCAUCGAAGAGCUGGAGCUCAAACCCUGCACCUCCUCCCUCUACCUGCGUCCUUUCCGCCUCUGUUACCGGCAGAAUGGCACUAAGAAGUUCUGGGAUUUUAUGAGGACACAUGACAGUGUGUCAAUCCUGAUCUUUAAUACUUCUCGGCAGUGCUUUGUUGUGGUGAAGCAGUUCCGCCCAGCUGUUUACAUGUGUGAAGUAGAAAGGCAUCAUCCUGAAGUCCUUCAGAACCAGGACAAGGAGAGCUUCUCUCGUCUCGAGGAUCCCUUGCCUGCUGUGGUAGGAGUGACCUAUGAACUCUGUGCUGGCAUUGUAGACAAACCAGGCCUUUCUUUAGAAGAAAUUGCAUGUGGGGAAGUCUUAGAGGAGUGUGGCUAUCGUGUUCCCAUUACAGACCUAAGGAGGAUCACUUCUUACAGGUCUGGAGUUGGUGUGACAGGUUCUAGGCAGACAUUAUUUUAUGCAGAAGUAACAGACCAAAUGAGAACUGGUGAAGGAGGUGGCCAGCCGGAAGAAGGAGAGCUGAUUGAAGUUGUCGAAAUACCUUUAGAAGAUUCCAUGAAGUUUGCUUAUGAUGAGACUCUCCCGAAGACGAUGGGUGUCAUCUUCAGCUUCAUGUGGUUCCAAAACAACAUCGCACCUAAACUACCAAAAAAAUAAAAGCACCAUGAUUUUAAGAAAAGUUUUCCUGCUGGGACUGUGGGUACAGAAAACUGCAAAUCUGCCUGCCUCGAUCAUCUCCAACUUUUCACAGAGCAAAUCUUUCUUGAAAUAAACUUGGAAGUAAAAUCUGAAUUAAAAUCCUCACUCAAUUUCCAUCAUUAGCAAAACACUUACGGGCUUCACUGGGGCCAGGAUUUACCUCCGAGUGGCAAAUGUUGAUUUCCACACACAGGCUAAGUAAAUGUGUCCAGUUCUCCUUUUCAUGGCAUGGCUCUACCGCUAUUUUGAAGAGUUGCUCAGGACCUCGGUGCAGCUGCUCCACCAGCCUGUCACUGUGGUCUGUACGUACCAGCAGCUGUGUAUUCACUGUAGUUUCCGAUUUUUUUUUUUUUUUUUUUUGGGGGGGGUGGGGGGGGAUGCAGCAAACCUUAAUAGUCACAGAUAUCCUAACUACGUUUCUAAGUUCUGCACAGCUUUCUGGGAGCAGCUUUCUCUGUGGUGCGUAGCUCCUGUACAGAGAAAAUGUUUGCAUUUCUAAACAUGCAGACCUUUAUUUCAUAAGCAAACAUAUGUGUAAAUCCUUCUGCUAAUGUGUCAUUUUGACAAUACACCAGCUGUAAGAUUAUGUGCUUCUGUUUGUUCCCUCUAUAAUGCUGAGCAGCAGCGAUGGUGAUUGAUAGAGAGAUUAAUGAUGGGGGGCUUCUAGUGGAACACAUGCUUCUUUGUUUGUUUUAUGGGUAAUACUUGAUUAAUUAGAUCAAACUUUGUCCUCUAGAGCGGGACUUGAGAGGCCAAAUUCCUUUAAUUUGGGUCUGAGGUGACUAAUACAAGUGAUUUCUCUGAGGUGUUCUGUGGUCUCGGUUUCCUUAUCGCCGAAAUGGGAAGAAUGGGACUUACCCCUCGGAUAACGCUCCUUGAAAUCCAAUGAUCGGAAGUGCUUUAUUGAGAGAUUUAAUCAUCAUUUGGGCAGUUUACAUUGAAGCCUGCACAGCCCGCACAGACGUACUGAGCAACACGAUUUGAUUUAAUAAAGUGGUCUGAUUAGGAUGUAUAUUAUUUGUUCAGUCAGCGUAGUUUAGAUGUGGGAUAUUUGUCCUGUGAAACUGUUAAGAGCAUGAAUGAAAGAGAAUCAAGGCUGGCAAUUUAAUUGUGCACUGGUUUAUGUUAUUCACAGACUUACUGUUAAUUAACAUGACUGCAUUACGUGUGCUUCUAGGAUUGCUGAGGUACUAAGUAUGUUUAGAAGACGAGUACUGUGAACAUGCAAACUUUCAUAUAGCAACUGGAGUAAAUGCAUUAGAGACACGUGAUGGUAUCCGGUGCCUGAUUUAAAAUCACUGCAUAUCGAAAUAGGUGUAUAAAUAAAUAAUGUUUUAAAAAAAUGCUAUUAGAACCGAUACUUGCUGGUUCUCCUACUGACGGGGAGGAAAGAUCCUUGGAAAGCCACCGGAGAAAGAGCAGCCUUCAUCUCUGGGAGUCAGACACCUUUUGUGAAAGUUCAGACACGUUUGCGUUGAACUGUGCCUGGUCUGUGGUGAGUCAAGGGCUGAGUUAUCGUAAAAAGCAAAUAAAUUCUGUCUGUCUGAUGUAUUUACAUUGGAAGGUGUUUUAAGGCUGCUCUGUGCCUUUACAGUGUCUGGUGCAAUGUGUCCUGAUCGCUGCUGAGGCCUUUACAAACUAGUACAAUAUCUAUAAUAAUUAAUGUUUUAUUUCAGGCUGGAGUUACCACAGUAUCUCUUUGAUUCCAUCAAAGUUAUUACACAGUAGCUUGUUGAUCUGUUUAGUGUCAAGCUAGUAAGUGUGUUCAUAUGCAUGACAAAGGCCUUUUUUCCUGUAUAAUGCAGUAAUUUGGAAAAAUAAAUCCAUGUAGUGGAGGGGGGGUCAGAGUUUGAAACUCUUCAAAGCAGCAUUUAUGUAUUUAUACCGUUUGCCCCAGAAUUACAAAUGGACAAAACUCCACUUCUGAUGAGGUUCUCAAUGCAAUGGCGAGAGCUUUCCCCCAGUCAGGACGUUCCCUCCCCUGCCACAUCCAGGACCUGGAGUCGGCGCUUCACAAGGUGUGCUCACAUUGCAGUAACGACCUUGGGGAGAGCCCAAGGCUUUGACCCACCCGUGUGGGUGACAAGCGUUCAAGGUGCGAUUCAUCAGACUAAACACACAUUUCACCUAUUAAUCUGCCUGGAAGUGCCUUCAAGUCUGGGCACCUGCAUUCAGUUUGGACUCAUCAGACCACCCCUGGAGGAGGCGGGUCAGCCAGCACUGGAUCUGUAGUGCCACCGUGAACUACGGGCUGCGGGGCCACCAGAGAGAGCGCACGGCCAUACCCAGCGAGGGGGAGGAUGAAGGCCCUAAAAAUCUCUUUGUGCAUCUGGUGCCAGCCGCUCGUGCAUUGGCUGCUGGUCUUUGAGCUGGACAGGUUGAAACACACGCGUAUUUUGCCCGCUCCAAGGUGCUGUGCCUGUCCCUCUAACAUACCAGCCCUCCCGAAGAGCGUGUGUGCUGGGGGAGCACCAAAGGCAGGGCCAGACUUGCCAAAAUCUAGCCCAAACUACUGCCGCUUGUCAGCAGAAGGCUGUUGCCGAUCACUCGGCGAGUUGUAGGUGCCUGAAGCCUGUCUGCUUCACAGCCCAGCCCUGGGGCCGCGCAGGGUGAUGCAGAGGAGCUGCCACCACCAGAGCAGCAGCAGGGGUUUC